AAGAAGAAGGAGAACGGCACGUCAACAUGGCAGCUGACUGCGAUCCCGAGUCAGAGGUCUUUGAGAUCACCGAUUUCACCACCGCGUCAGAAUGGGAACGGUUUGUGUCCAGAGUCGAGGAAGUGCUAAAUGACUGGAAGCUGAUAGGGAAUUCUGCAGGAAAGUUGUCCCCUGAGAAGGGUGAAUACACCAGUGGUACCUGGGGGGAGAAGUCUCAGGAUAUACAUUUUGCUGACUUCAAGUUCUACAUAACUCACUACUUCCUGAAACAAGAAUGUGAGAAGGACGAUGGGAAGGACAAGCUUGAGGAAGAUGCUUUCCCCUUGGCAAUGCAGGAUCUUCUAUGUAUGAACAAUGACUUCCCUCCUAGAGCCCACUGCCUGGUUAGAUGGUAUGGUAUACGAGAGUUUGUGGUCAUCAUCCCUGGAACCAACUGUGAGGCUAUCAUCAGCGAGUCCAAAUGCAAUCUGCUUCUCAGCUCCAUCUCCAUUUCUUUGGCCAACACUGGCUGCCAGGUGCCCAUGUUUGUGCAGAUCCAGCAGAAGUGGAGACGCAUGUAUGCUGGAGAGUGCCAGGGACCAGGUGCACGCACUGACUUUGAGAUGGUCCACCUCCGCAAGGUGCCAAGCCAGUACAAUCACCUCUCUGGCCUGCUUGACAUCUUCAAGUCUAAGAUAGGUUGCAUCCUGUCCCCUCUACCUCCGGUCAACAUUGCCAUCCGUUUUACCUACAUUCUCCAGGACUGGCAGCAGUAUUCUUGGCCACAGCAACCGCCAGACUUCGACACAAUCCUUGGAGGUGAGGUGGGAGGGGUGGAGUUUGGGAAGCUUCCAUUUGGAGCCUGUGAGGAGCCUAUCAGUGAGCUUCAUCUUGCAACCACUUGGCCUCACCUGACGGAAGGCAUAGUUGUAGAUAAUGAUGUCUACAGUGACCUUGACCCUCUCCAAGCUCCUCACUGGUCAGUCCGAGUCAGAACAGCUGAAAACCCUCAAUGUUUACUAGGUGACUUUCUGACAGAGUUCUUUAAGCUCUGCUGUAGGAAGGAGUCUACAGAAGAGAUUCUCGGAAGAGGGCUGGCUGAAGAGGAGGGCAAAGAAAAUAGUGACAUCAGCUCUGCUUUAUCCAAGCUGACAGAGCCAACAGCGACAGUGCCGAUCUCCAAACUGUCUGUCUCCAAUAUGGUGCACAGUGCCCGAAAGCACAUCCAACGCCACCGACAGAUUGAUAGAGAGUCACCACUCAACACUGAUAUACUCAAUUCCGUCCUACUGUAUCUCUUCCCAGAUGCUGCUGUGGAGAAGUCAUCAGAAAAUAGCAGGAAUAAAACAGCACAGUCAAAUGCCUGUGGGAAAGCCGAGCAAAAUCAAAACUCUGACCAUAACCUAUUUCUCCAACUGAAGUCAGCACCCUGUGACAGUCUGACCUACCGGCUGGCACUAUGUGUGUGUCUGGUCAACUACAACCAUGGUGGGCUGCGGGCUGUCGCCCACCUCUGGCAGGAGUUUGUCCUAGAGUUGCGCUACCGCUGGGAAAACAACUACCUCAUUUACGGACUGGCUGGUGGACCUCCUGAUCUUCGCUGUUGUCUUUUACAUCAGAAGCUCCAGAUGCUGAACUGCUGCAUUGAGAGGAAGAGGGCCAGAGAUGAAGCUCGCAAGGUGCUGGAAGGAAGCAACGAGAGAGAGUGCAGGGUGUUCGGUGGCUGCCAGAACACCCGGCCUGUACCAGAGUCUUUGACGGCAACAAUAACUGCAUCCACCUCAACAAGGGAGGUGUCCCCAGGGAAGUCCUGGGACUCAUGGAGCGACAGUGAGGAUGAGUUCUUUGAGUGCCUGAGUGACCAGGGAGAGAUAGAAGCUCCACAAACUGAAGGAGAAAAGGAUGACAGUAAAAGUAAAGCAGAGGGUAGGCUUCACCCCUAUAAUGACAUGACUCUGCUCAACUCUAACGAGCCUCUCUACGUUCCUGUCACACAGGAACCUGCUCCCAUGACAGAGGAUCUGUUAGAGGAGCAGUCAGAGGUGCUGGCCAAACUGGGCACAUCAGCUGAAGGCACCCACCUCCGUGCCCGGAUGCAGAGUGCCUGUCUGCUCUCUGACAUGGAGUCCUUUAAGGCAGCCAACCCUGGUUGUGUUCUGGAGGACUUUGUGCGCUGGUACUCACCUAGGGAUUACGUAGAGGAGAAUGUAGUUGAUGAGAGGGGUAACACAGUGGUGAAAGGUGAUCUUAGUGCCAGGAUGAAGAUCCCCGGCAACAUGUGGGGAGAGGCUUGGGAGACAGCCAGAGUUAUACCUGCACGCCGCCAGAGAAGGCUUUUUGAUGACACUAAGGAAGCCGAAAAGGUUCUGCACUAUUUGGCAGUGCAGAAACCUGCAGAUGUGACCCGCCAUCUCCUACCCUGCAUUCUCCAUGCUGCUAUUCUGAAGCUGAAGGAGGAAGAGUCAGUAGAAGACAUUCCAUCUGUCAAAAAAAACAUUCAGCAAGCUACGUGUCAAGCCAGUAAGCUGCUGCAACCCCCCAACCAUGACUACAAGAAGUUAGAGGAUUUCAUUAACCAGUUGAUGGCCAUGGAGACAGUCAUUACCCAAGUUCGCUCGCUCAAGUCCAAGUUUGCCAUUUGUGAGGGUGAGAAGAGAGAGGACACAGAAGAGCUGGAGCAGUUUGUGAGCACCUUGCUGGAAGAACCAGAGGCGGUGGUGAUCGGAGCAGGCCAGGGGCCAGCUGGCAGCAUCAUCCAUGGCCUGUUUGUUAACGCUCAGAGGGCUGCCCUCCUGGCCCCACUAGAAGAAGACUUGGGGCGUGACAGGAAACUGACUGGAGGGAGCAACAAAGUGCCUGACUUUCCUUCCCCAGCAGGACGGGAAAUUGUGUUGCGUACAUGUGUCCCUCGGCCAGCACCGUACUCCAAAGCUCUGCCUCAGCGUCUCUUCUGUGUGUUGAUGAGAGAGGAGUUCAGGUUGGCAGGGGCCUUCUCUUCAGACACUUCCUUCUUCUAAGACCAAAGGUCUAUUGCACAGUAUUUCAUCUAAAGCCAUGUUCCAUUUGCCGAUGAUGAGUUACGCCUUUAAGCAAGAACUGGAAUAGCAGUUAGGAACAGGAGUGGCACAUUAAAAUUAUUCAGUUUGGUCAUUGGCCCUCUGUUGAUCAAUGAGUUUGUUUGUGCGCAAACAUUCUUGUUCAAAACUACAUUUUUUAGACCUAUGACAUAUCUGUGUUGGCUACAUACCGCUAGUGUUGAGUGCUGAUGAGCAUUGUGUCUUUAGUCAUCUUUUUUGGUCAAAAAAUAAGAGAAGAAUAAAUUUAGUUCAAACUUUUUUAGCAGCAGUGGGCAUACUUAGAUUUAAUGCACUGCAGUCUGCUGAAAUUUCACUGUACACAAUUAUAAAUAUCAAGUAGCAUUUAUUAGCUGCAGUCAUGUCACCAUUUCAUACUCCUUCAGUUGUCUGAAAACAGAAAUGGAAAAAAUAUGUUAAUGAAAGAAAACCAAAUUCUUCUGGUGAUUUGAACAAACGCUCGUGUGCUAUACAUUUUUGCCACAUGGUUUUCUUGCUCUAAUCUCCUUUAUGUAGGUUUUACUGUUAUCUGCUUAUUCCUGACCACAUGCCAAGUUAUAGCAUAACAAACACUUUUUAUACUUACAUGUUCAGUCUUUGUUUUGUGGUGCACAGUUUACGGAUCCCCUGAUUAGUCAAUGAUGUGCUGAUUGGCACUAGCAUUUUGGCACUAGGCUUAAGCAGUUGAAAGAACAAAAACACGUUUUGUACGUUUUGUUGAUAAUACAAACGUGCAAUCACACAUUCUUUGAUCCUGCUCUAAAGUACAGUUACAUACUUGCAUUAAUUUCAAUAAUAUGGUUUGUAGGUGUUAUAUUGAUGUAACAAGUGAUGUGAGUCAUCUGUGGCAUUGUGUGUACAGUACAUGUUAUAUGUUGGUGCAAAAUGUCCUUUCAUUUAAAAAAUAAACACUUUUCCUCUGUCUCAA